AUGUAAAAUUAAUUGAUGCAAACAACUUGUCUAAAGCAUUGCACAAACUUGAGUCUCAAUCUACAAAUGGAUGGUCCAGAAGAGUUGUGUUUAAGGAGAUGCAUAUCAAAAUACAAUGAGGCAUUGAAAUUAUUUAUAAAGGAAGAGAAUACAUAAUAGAAAACUGAAAUCUAAACUCAGAGCAAAGCAAAACCAGAAGGUAAAUCGAUAUUUAAAAGAUUUGGAUUUUGA